AUGGACCCCCGUUACAGUGCCCAAGAAAUCCUCCUCUGUGACCUGUGUCAAACAGCUGCAUUACAGAGUCAUUGUGAACUUUGUCAUGUAAAUCUCUGUAUAGUCUGUGUUGGAAAGCAUCUCUCUGAUUCAUCUAAAAGACACAAUGUUGUACCAUACAAACACAGGUUUACUCCUAGCUUUCUAAAAUGUCCAAACCAUAUCCAGAAACAUUGUGAACUUUACUGUGAGAAAUGUGACAUUCCUGUCUGUUCUAUCUGCAUCUCCUCUGGAAAACAUAAAGGACAUGAUUUAUCUGAUGCUUUGCAAAAGUUAAAUACUAAAUUAAAGGAUUUAAAAAAGGACUUGAAUGAACUAGAGAAAAUAAUCUAUCCUGCAUAUAAAGCAAUUGAAUCAGAUUUAAUUUCUGAAAAAGUAAACUUGGAAAAACAUUAUGAAAAACUGACAACCGCUGUAACCAAACAUGGAGAAGACUGGUACAGAACAAUUGACAUUAUUGUCAACAAACAGAAAUCUGAAAUUGAUGAGAUGAAAGCUAAGCACCUGGCUGCUCUAAACAUAAAGGCAAAUGAAAUUAAAGAGAUUACGUCUGAUGUAAAACAGAGCAUAUUUGAUGUAAAGAAAAUGCUGGACUCCAAUGAUGUCUCCCUAACUACUGCAUACACAUCCAGGAAUGAUGAAUUCAGAAAUGUACCUCCUAAAAUCAAUAUUUCAUUUCCAAGUUUCUAUUCACACCACGUAAUGACAGAACAGCUGAAUCAAAUGUUUGGUUCUCUGUCAAAAUUAUCCAUUACAGGAGAAAAACAAACCUACAUAAUGCAAACACCAGAAGCUGUAUCAUGCCCUUCUGUCAAACCACUGCUUGAUGAACCAGAGCUCAUCACCACCAUAGACACUGGGUAUGGACUACUAUACAGUGUGACCAGUCUCCGUGAUGAGGAAAUCUGGACAUGUGGACAUGACAAAAUCAUGAAACUCUACAAUCUCCAGGGCAAACUAUUGAAGUCAAUGAAAACCAAGUCAGGGAACGAUCCACGUAAUAUAGCAGUGGCAAAGAGCGGCGAACUAAUUUAUACGGAUACUGGGAAAAGAACCGUAAACAUAUUGAAAAAUAAACAGAUACAGGAAGUGAUCAGACUACAGGGAUGGAUACCUCUCUAUGUUUGUUUUACCUCAUCUGGUGACCUUCUAGUUACCAUGGAUACUGACAAUAAAGCCAGUGCAGUAGUGGUGGUCAAUCAGGCAGGAAAAUUCCGAUUUAGAUAUAAUGCAUAUGGUCAUCUCUGUACUGAUAAGAAAUCUUUUGAUCCACGUGGUAUCACAACAGACAGCAAGGGUCAGAUCCUGACAGCAGAUUAUAGUAACAACUGUAUCCACAUCCUAGAUCAGGACGGACAAUUCCUCUGUUACAUUUAUACCUGUGAUCUACAGUUCCCGUGGGGUUUAUGUGUAGACACCACAGAUAACCUCUUGGUGACUGAGUGUAUGAGAGGAAAAGUGAAGAAAAUCAAAUACAUGUAG